AGGUGGUGGCAUGCACCGUUAACGUUUGUUUACGGACUGCUGUUAUAUCGAAGAAGAAGAACUGCACCGGCGCUGUCGUUAUUUAUUGAAAAUAGAUAGCUAGCUAAUUCUCUCACCAAGCAAUAUUAACAUUUGUCAUUUUGUAAUCCAAGUUGUUAAAAAAAAACAUGACGGAGCCUCAGGCAGCACUGUUACUCAGGAGACAGCUGGCAGAGCUCAAUAAGAACCCAGUGGAGGGAUUCUCAGCAGGUUUGAUAGACGAUAACGACCUCUACAGAUGGGAAGUCUUAAUCAUCGGCCCACCAGACACAUGCUAUGAAGGUGGUGUGUUUAAAGCACAUCUCACGUUUCCCAAAGACUACCCUCUCAGGCCACCUAAAAUGACAUUUAUCACAGAUAUAUGGCACCCUAAUGUUGACAAGAACGGUGACGUAUGUAUAUCUAUUUUACAUGAGCCUGGUGAGGAUAAGUACGGCUAUGAGAAGCCUGAGGAGCGCUGGCUGCCCAUCCACACAGUGGAAACCAUCAUGAUUAGUGUUAUCUCUAUGUUGGCGGACCCGAACGGAGACUCGCCUGCCAAUGUCGACGCUGCAAAAGAGUGGAGGGAAGACCGACAUGGGGAAUUCAAAAGAAAAGUGGCCCGUUGUGUAAGAAAGAGCCAAGAGACUGCCUUUGAGUGAAUUUUAUCAAGCUGCAUCUAGCUUCACUUUUUCAGGGUCUCCAAUUUGAGAAACAACAUGGCACUGUUUUCCUGCACUCUACUACCCGAUUGCCAGGCUCGUCUUCAUUGCAUUUGGCAGAAACCGUCUGGCAACAAUAGGCUACAAUAGAACUUAACAGCUGUUGCCACAUGCUGACCGAAAACUGCCACACAAGUGCCAACUCGAAAACAACAAAACAGAAGAUGAAUAACACGUUUUUUUGAAGUCUAUGAACUUUUCAGGAAGAGAUUGUAAAGAUCUGUAUAUAGCACAGACCUAAAACUGGAUAAUAUAUAAACUGUUCCUACCCAUCCAGCAAGACACAUAGUACCAAAUAAGUAGUGCUUCUGUAGGUAGAAUUUGAGCCCUGUGAGUUAUUGGAAGUUUUUAGUCCUCUUCCCCAUUCAACAUCCACUCUAGUGUGUAUUAGUGUAGGUAUGUUACUACAGGUUGCUUUGAUGGACAGGAAGCCUUGAAGAAGGCAGAAUGGUAAGAAUGCGAUGCUGUUGUAGAAUCCCACUAUUGGAGAACAGCGGAGUUCGGGUUCUAGAAUGACCAGAAUAUCGGGCCAAAAUGGCAUUUAUGGCAGAGGGUGCACUAGAAUAGACACAUUCUGUAGCAUGCUUGUCAUGUUAGGUUCCUUCACCCUUAGCACUUCAGGAAAAUUCACAAUUUUAAAAUAUGAAUAAGUUUAGAGGCAAGUCUUUAUUUUGGAUUUUUAACACCAUUUCCCCUACCGUGGUGCACAUGUACCCCGAAUUGAUCACAUACCUCAUUUGUCAAGUUCAGGUUUCUUUGGAGAUGGACAUAGCCAUUACAAGUCAUGCAUUCACAAAUUGAGCUCGUAGUUAGGUUUUUAAUGAUACAUUUUUCAAAAAGUGCCUCCUAUUAAAUUGCUUGGCAAUUGCACCCUGUAUUGAACCAGAGUUAGUUUCAGAGAAAUCAGAGAAAUUGUUAACCGCUUAAGUGUUAUUUUAUAACCCUUCACACCAGUACAAUGUAUAAUCAAACAUAUUGGUAACCAUUUGGUGUAGCAAUAACCUUCCCCAGAUGUGUGGUGUACGGUCUUAUAUUUGUUUUAAUAUUCUGAUGAGAUUUAGGGGAGCUAUUUCUCUUAGAGUCACCUUGAUGAAACAGAUGAAUUGAUUUCCUUUGUGUGGUGUCGUAGGUAGGAUUUGUUAUGCAUGCUUUAACAUUAGGUUUCCAUGCUGGUAGUAGUGUCUGGGUUUUGAUUUAAAAUGUAUGUUUGUGCCAUGUUUUAUUCCCCCCCCCCGAUCCUUGAUUUUCUCCUGGUGUUUGAUUUUAUUCUGGCUUUGAUGGACUAUUGCAGUUUACUUGCCUAAUGUACAAAGACAAAAUUCUGAUGUAUAUUUUUCAUGUUAUGAAAAUUGUCACCUUGUGUAGUGAGUUCUUCUAAAAUAUGAUUCCCCCUCCAAUAAUAGUUGGGGUAUUUUCUUUUAAUGAAAAUUAUGUGUACAAUGUUUUGUCAUAUUACCAGACAUCUACUUCUUUGUUACACACAUGAUCUUACUUCCUAGCAUGUUCUCAUGUGUAUCAUGUGGUGUCUGAACCCCUAGGUCAGGGUAUCCCAAACUUGGUCCUUCGAGGACUUGCUUCCGUUCAGCCACUAGAGCAUUAAUGAAGUUGUGUGCUGAUGUUGGGGGAUUAGGCCUGCCUCGCAUUCAGAAACUCCAAUUCAUCCCAAAUGUGUUCAAUGGGGUUGAGGUCAGGACUCUGUGCAGGCCAGUCAAGUUCUUCUACAUCAAUCUCGACAAACCAUUUCUGUACGGACCUCGCUUUGUUGAUGGGGGGGCAUUGUUAUGCUUAAAUAGGAAAAGGACCUUCCCCAAACUGUUGCCACAAAGUUGAAAGCACAGAAUUGUUUAGAAUGUUAAGAUUUUUCUUCACUUGAACUAAGGGGCCAAGCCAAACCAUUAUUCCUCCUCCACCAAACUUUACAGUUGGCACUAUGCAUUCGUGUAGGUAGUGUUCUCCUUGCAUCUGCCAAACCCAGAUUUGUUUGUCGGACUGCCAGAUGGUGAAGUGUGAUUCGUCACUCCAGAGAACGCGUUUCUACUCUUCCAGAGUCCAAUGGUGGCGAGCUUUACACCACUCCAGCCGACGCUUGGCAUUGCACAUGGUGAUUUUAGGCUUGUGUGUGGCUGCUCGGCCAUGGAAACCCAAUUCAUAAAGCUGCAUAUUAACAGUUCUUGUGCUGACAUUGCCUCCAAUGUAGUGAGUUUUGUAACCGAGGACAGAUGAUUUUUACGAGCUUCAGCAUUCGGCGGUACAGUUCUGUGAGCUUGUGUGGUCUACCACUUCGCAACUGAGCCGUUGUUGCUCCUAGACGUUUCCACUUCACCAUAACAGCACUUAAGUUGACCAGGGCAGCUCUAGCAGGGCAAAAAAUUUACGAACUGACUAUGACGGCACCACGUUGAAAGUAACAGCUCUUCAGUUAAGCCAUUCUACUGCCAAUGUUUGUCUAUGGAGAUUGCAUGGCGGUGGGCUCAAUUUUAUACACCUAUCAGCAACAGGUGUGGCAGAAAUAGCCGAAUCCACUAAUUUGAAGGGGUGUUGACAUACUUUUGUAUACAUAGUGUAUCAUGUAGUUGUCACACAACACAUUAAGCUAGAUUUAGCAAGUAUCCGUGACUCAUUGAUAUCAUUAACAAUUGAAUACUGUCACUUGGCACAAAUGUGGGAAUAGCUUGUGUGUUAGUAGUUUCUCAUAUUCAGAAGAAAGCCAAGUAUCACUUUCACACAAUGUGAGGUGUUGUGAUGAACUGCUGGCCAGGCAGAGAUCUCAGAAAAGCAGGUUUCGGGGAUCUGUGCCGAGAACAGGCUCCAGUCUAGACAAUGCAAGUACCACUUAACCUUAUGCCCAGCAAAUGUCUCACGCUUUUCAACCACAAAUUAUUAUGAAGGUCAUUCAUAAUAACAUGUAGGUAUAGCUAAACACAAGUACCUAAUGCAUGCGUUCUCAUAAAUCUGAACAAGUGGAAUUGAUCUGAAACAAUAUGCAAGGUAGAUGUACGCAGUCAAUACAGAUUUGGAAACUUC